AUGGUGGACUUCCGGCCGAACAGCGUGUUGGUGAUUGAGCUGCCUCGCGCCAAGCUGCAGUGUAUGGACCUGGGGGUGUGGCUGAAUGAUGAGGUCAUCAAUAUGUACAUGCUGCUGCUGCAGGCGCGGGAUACACGGCUCCGGCGCGCAGCGGCCGCUGGAGGUAACGCUGCUGGGGGUUCCGCCUCCUCCCCAUACACGCCGCCCCGCUGCCACUUCUUCAACAGCUUUUUCUACAACAAGCUGUUCCAGGGAGCUUACAACUACGCCAACGUGCGGCGAUGGACAACUCCCAAGCAGCUCAGCAACAAGCUGCAGCUCGACCGCAUCAUCAUGCCCAUCCACAAGGGAGUGCACUGGACGUGCGCUGAGGUGGAUCUACGGGCCCGGGUGGUGAGGUACUACGACUCGCUGAAGGGUGAGGACCACGCCCUGGUACGGCACCUGCUGAGCUGGGUGUCGGAUGAAUCUGCGGAUAAACUCAAGCAACGGUGGGAUACUUCCAAGUGGCAGGUCGAGUUCCCCAAGAACAUUCCCGAGCAGCACAACGGCUGCGACUGCGGCGUGUUCUCCAUCAUGUUCGCUGACCGCCGCGGCGCAGGGCUGCCGUUUGACUUCAGCCAGCGAGACAUGCCGCUGCUGCGAAUCAAGGUGCUGCAACGCAUCGUGCAGAUGCGAGUCGAUUGA